CCUAUAUCAAUGGCUGAAGGAAACUGGACAAGAGUGAGUGAGUUUAUCCUCAUGAGUUUCUCUUCCUUACCUACUGAAAUACAGUCAGUACUCUUCCUGACAUUUCUGGUCAUCUACCUGGUCACUCUGCUGGGAAACAGCCUCAUCAUUCUGGUUACCUUGGCUGACCCCAUGCUGCACAGCCCCAUGUACUUCUUCCUCAGGAACUUGUCCUUUUUAGAGAUUGGCUUCAACCUGGUCAUUGUGCCCAAGAUGCUGGGGACCCUGGUUGCCCAGGACACAACCAUCUCCUUUCUUGGCUGUGCCACUCAGAUGUAUUUCCUCUUCUUCUUUGGGGUUUCUGAAUGCUUCCUCCUGGCCACCAUGGCCUAUGACCGCUAUGUAGCCAUCUGCAGUCCCUUGCACUACCCAGUCAUCAUGAAUCCAAGGACACGUGCCAAACUGGCAGCUGUCUCCUGGUUUCCAGGCAUUCCCGUAGCUACUGUGCAGACCACGUGGCUCUUCAGCUUUCCAUUCUGUGGCAUCAACAAGGUGAACCACUUCUUCUGUGACAGCCCGCCUGUGCUGAGGCUGGUCUGUGCAGACACAGCACUCUUUGAGAUCUAUGCCAUCAUUGGAACCAUUCUGGUUGUCAUGAUACCCUGUUUGCUGAUCCUGUGUUCCUCCACUCGCAUUGCUGCUGCCAUCCUGAAGAUUCCAUCGGCCAAGGGGAAGCAUAAAGCCUUCUCUACCUGCUCAUCCCACCUCCUUGUUGUCUCCCUCUUCUAUGUAUCUUUAAGCCUCACCUACUUCCGACCUAAGUCCAAUAGUUCUCCUGAGAGCAAAAAAGUGCUAUCACUGUGCUACACAGUUGUAACUCCCAUGCUGAACCCUAUCAUCUACAGCUUGAGAAAUAAUGAGGUGAAGAAUGCCCUUGGUCGGACCUUCCACAAGGCUGUGGGCAUCAGAACUGCAUUCUGUAGACAUUUUGAGGUAUAA